UUUUCCCUCCAAUCACAGAACAACCAUACAUGUAUUUAUGCUCUCUCACAGCUCUCACACACUCAUUCUCUGUUUCAUACCACUCCAUAAGGACAUAACGGUUUGAAAAGAAGGGAUUCCAGCUGUCGUUUGUCAAGUCGUUUCCUGAACUUGGCGUGGCUUUGGAACAACUUUGCUAAACACAGGGAAAGAGAGUGGGGGGUGAAAGAGGGCAAAACAGAGGGAGUUGAAACAGUCCAGUGAAAGAGGACAAGGAUAACUCCCGUAUCAGUACUCAAAAUGGGUUGGUCUUGGGCUCUAGCGUGCUGGUGUGCAUUAGUGCUGGUGUGCUCGUCUGAAGAUAACAGAUCCCUUCCUGACAUGUUACAGAGACAGGCCUCCUUUGACAUAGAGGAUUUCCUGCAAAGGGAGAUCACCGAGUACCCGGACACAGACUUUACACCUGGAGUUCAGCCAAUGGCUGUGCCUCGCUCGGUUGGGCAAUCCUACCCCAGUGUCCUCUUCCCCCCCGGCCGGCCCUCCCAUAAAAACCUCCAGGCCAUCUGUCUCCAUAGCAGCCAUCGUCCGCGGUACCCUUCCUACUCCCUCCCCCGCAGCGGCGGAGGCCACUUUAGUCGUCGAGCUAAAGCAGUCAACCGGGUAGAGUCCUGGUACAGCGCAUGUUGCCAUGGGAACGGGGCACAGCAGGUCCAGGAAGUGACGCUGUGCUGCGUUACACAGGCGUGGGAACAGACCCUAUCCACAUUCUGUACUGAGGAGUCCGGAUUGAAGAUACUCCAACACCCCUGCUGCCUGAAGGAGGGCGAGGCCAGACUGAGCUGUUUCCAUAGGGAAAACCCAGACCCCACCUACCUGCCGACCACCCCCAUACCUGAACCUGGCUUCACCUUUAACCCCAACACUUGUCACAAGUCCCAGUCUGGUCCAUGUGCUGUCAGUGGGGAGAAGCACAAGAAGAGCCCCCAAGCUACUCCCAGAGACUCUGACAUCAGCUUCCCCCCUGGACGCCCCACUUUCGACAACAUCGGAUUGGUCUGCUGCCUACACAACAGCCAACCCCUCUCCACCACCAAGUGCCUGCUACGUACAGGCUUUGGCUGGCUGGCCCGCCAAUCAAAGGCCAUGCACCGCCUGGAGAGAGGGUUCACACACUGCUGUAAGGGACUGGAGAACGUGCUACCCUGUGCUGAGGGAAAGUGGCGUGAGGUGCUUGACAGGUUCUGUGAGGAAGAGCAGAAGGAGAGGCCUCACAACUCCUCCUGUUGUGAUGUGGGAGAAGGUGAGGACAGGUAUACCUGUUUCUCCUCCCUCGCCCCUCAUCCAGACUAUGAACAAAAGCUUGACUCUGCUUCUGACGCACCACAGACCCACAACCUCGGACACAUCUGUGAAACAUACAAGAUCAUCAAGAAGUAAGGGUUUGUUUAGGUUUAUUGUGUGUGUGUGUGUGUGUGUGUGUGUGUGUGUGUGUGUGUGUGUGUGUGUGUGUGUGUGUGUGUGUGUGUGUGUGUGUGUGUGUGUGUGUGUGUGUGUGUGUGUGUGUGUGUGUGUGUGAGUGUGAGUGUGUGUUUAAUUGAACCUUUUUCCUCCUCAGUCACAUUUUUAUGCUGCCCAGCCCGAUUGUUUAUCUUUCUGGGUAACAGAACCAGACUUUUCAGAAAGGGUACAUUUCACUGUAGUAGAUGGUGACUGUAGCUAUGUUUCCAUCCGACUGGCGACAGAUUUUAAAUUUGCGCAUUUUCCCACAAGUGGUGUGUUUCCACCAAACUGACUUGUAGUGCUUUUUUGUAGUACACACAAAAUGUAUUUUUUUCUUCAUUUUUCUGAAUAAAAAUCUAAAGAUCUGUAA